AUGGCUCUUGAGCUCUUCAUCCCACCCUGCAUCAGAAGUCCUGCUAGCCGUCUUCAUCUACCGCAUAUUGAGCGGCCCCUCAGAGUCCAGAUCGAAGGUCCGCGAGAAUAUAUUCAAAAGCUGUUCCCGUCCGUUGAAUGGGAAACUACUUUGCGAGACCGGAAGUUCCCUCAGGCAGCUGGUUCAGCGCUCGCAGCACUGACUUUCCGGCACAUUUACGGGAUGAGGGUCCGCUCUGAUGUCCCUGGCGAUAUGGUCGUGCGAGACGAAUACAUGAGAUGGAUUGAACGGGAUAAAAUAAACGUGGACGACAUUGACUAUUAUGGCGUGACCUUCGAUCAUCUAGUUCCUGUUGACGAUGUCGAUCCAGAAGUCCUACAAAUCAACAUCAUCGCGACAGAUGAUGAUGAUGGCAAGUCUGCGAAUUAA